AUGGCUGCGAUAGUGCCGAGGAUGAAGCUGGGCUCGCAGGGUCUUGAGGUUUCUAAGCAAGGGCUGGGCUGCAUGAGCAUGUCUGCUUAUUACGGCCAGCCGAAGCCCGAGCCGGACAUGAUUCAACUCAUCCACCACGCCAUCAACUCCGGCGUCACGUUUCUAGACACCUCCGAUGUCUACGGACCCCACACCAAUGAAAUCCUCAUCGGCAAGGCUCUGAAAGGGAUAGCGAGAGACAAAGUUCAAAUAGCUACCAAGUUUGGAAUAACAACAAAGGACGGGAAGAUGGACGUAAGAGGUGACCCGGCAUAUGUGAGGGCAGCAUGUGAGGCAAGCUUGAAGCGCCUGGACAUUGACUGCAUUGAUCUCUAUUAUGCACACCGUAUCGACAUUCGUGUGCCUAUAGAAGUCACGAUGGGUGAACUGAAGAAACUGGUUGAGGAAGGGAAAAUUAAGUAUGUUGGGCUCUCAGAAGCUUCUGCUUCAACAAUCAGAAGGGCUCAUGCUAUUCAUCCGGUAACUGCAGUUCAAAAUGAGUGGUCAUUGUGGUCAAGGGACUUAGAAGAUGAAAUUGUUCCUACUUGCAGAGAACUCGGUAUUGGAAUUGUCCCCUACAGUCCCCUUGGGCGUGGUUUCUUUUCCUCAGGUGCAAAUUUGAUACAAAAUUUGGGGGAGGGAGACUUUCGUAAGAAUUUUCCGAGGUUCAGGCCAGAGAACCUCGAAAACAACAAGCUGAUAUUCGAAAGGGUAAGUGAAAUGGCUAAAAGAAAAGGGUGCACCUCAUCUCAGCUGGCGCUUGCUUGGGUUCAUCACCAAGGAGAUGACGUGUGCCCCAUACCCGGGACUACUAAAGUGGAUAACUUCAACCAGAACGUUGGAGCUCUUUCUGUGAAACUAACUCCCCAAGAGAUGGCUGAACUCGAGUCCUAUGCUUCAGCCGAGGUUGUCAAGGGAGACCGGCAUGUUGUCAUGGCAACGACUUGGAUACAUUCCGAGACCCCUCCGUUGUCUUCUUGGAAAGGUGACCAGUGA